CGAGCGUUCGGUUGUGAUUUGUGAGCUGCGUACUGCAGUGCUAUCUACCAAGUCCAAGCUUUUACAAAUUUUCUUCGUCGUGCAGAUCGAAAGAAACCUUGAAGAGAUCGCCAACUGUUAGGAAACUCACAUUGGAGGCCCAUCUUCAAGUGGAAGUUGCAGAGAAGAAGGAAGAAGAAAUGUGUUUUUUUAGUGACACAGUCGAGUGAAAAGCGAGAAGAAAACCUGCUUGCACGCAAUUAAUGCGAAUAAGAAAAUUCAACUGCAACAACAACAAAAAUAAGACGAAAUUGUGUGUAAACAAGUGGAGAAAUUUAAUUUAAAGUUAAUUCGUGGCGUUAACAAAUAUCGAAGUGGAAAAAUUCAUACCCGGCCGUUUGGAUUCGAAUUAACGAAUUUUAAUAAUAUAGUCCGGAUUCGCCAGUAGUAACCGAAAAUGAAAAUACGUUGAUUAGAAACCAACAAUUCGAGUUCAAUUACUUAUCCGGCCCAAAUUAGGUAUUAUUCGGUGAUAGUGUCAGAUACAACCGCAGCAUAAAUAAAAAUUAAUUGCAAGAAGUGUCGCGCUAAGAAUAAGAGGCGGUGUACGCACUUCCAUAGUGUGAUAGUACGUAAAGUGAAAUUCGCCUGGUAAUUGCAACAGAACAAGAAAGUUUUGGAAUAAGGAGAUCUGGGGCAGUACAUUCAAAAUGAUGGCUGCCACAAUUAUAAUGCGUUGGAGUUUAAUACUCUGUAUAUUUGCGCUUACUAGCGCACAAUAUGCUACAACCGAAGAGUCAUCUGAAGAAGAUGAGAUCGUUUCAGGCGGUUACAUAUUACCGAAGCAAAUUUUCAAUGAAGGGAAACCAUUUUAUUUGGACAAAGACCCAAUAUCAGGCCAAUUGGAUUUUAGCUCGAAAAAGCCAGCUGGGAUUGAGCCAGAAGUUAAUGAAGUUGUAGACCCAAAAGAAAAGAUUGUUUUGAAUAACAGUUCGCCUAAUAUUCAUGACUUCCUGAAUCUCCCAGUAAAAUAUUCAUCAUCAAAAUUCGUCUAUCCAUUGGUGUCAAGCUCUUAUGCAAACUUGAAGUAUCAGGGAAAUAAUAAGAACUAUGUUUCAAAUCACAAAAAUCACACAUCUAUUGUUAGCCCACCACCAAAGUACUUCACAACAAAUAAAGCCAAUAUUACUCGUUUGCAUCCAGCAACGUUCCCCCACUCAACUACAGAUCAACCUACUAGAUAUGAACCAAGUUCCACGCAAUCAACAGCAGCUAAGAAUAAAUAUGCGCCCACCAAGAAAUACGUUAUGUCCUCCACAAUAAGGAGCACGUUCAAGCCAGCCACCACUUCUCGCCCAGCUCCUACAACGACAACCACCUCAGCACCAGUUCCUUUGACUACACUAAGUACAACUACUUCCACCACACAAAAGGCAACAACAACAACCACAAUUCCGACUACUACAACUACUACUAGUGCUCCUGUUGUAACUACAACUUAUGCAACCACUACAACCAACCUUCCAAUCACAACGACUGUUCUAUACACAACUACCACCUCGGAUUCCCAGCCAUCUAGACCUUUACCUCCGUUGACUACGCUUCCAAACUUAGACGCUGCUGAAGUUUAUAACAGUGUCGGACAAAAGAAGGAUCCUAGCCAAAUGUCAUUGGAGGAUAUUUUCAAUGUAUUCUCAGAAGAUUCAUUUGAUACUUUACCCAACAGAACAGAAGCUACAAAUUAUGAUGACUACCAAUCUCAAGAGCUUCCUGCUUCCGAGCCAGCUCCAUUCGCAGCUCAUACUACUCAACGGCAACCAGUAGAUAUCCCAAGGCCUACUGACUUGAUUCCUCAGGUCAACCCAAUGAAAGACGCUAACAACUAUGUUCAAUAUAACGUCCAGCAACCGGGCAGCGAUGUUGUCAACUACCAUGUUCCUUCUAUGAACAGCAUUGUAAUUUCCCCAGGUCAGAACUCAACAAGCUUCGUUAUAGGAAGCGAACAAGGAGUUGGAACAAGUAUUGUUGUAGGAACAGGGGAAAAACCUCCUCAAAUGUUUGCGAAUGGACAACAAAUACAUUACGGAACCGUGAUCAAUGAACAACUGACUCCUAUGCAAAUCCAGCAGGAUCAUACAAAUGCUCAACAAGGAGCACCUCAUCCACUAUAUCCAGGGCAACCGCCAAUCCCGCAACAAAAUAUGUUUACCUCGCCUGGGCAACACCUGAUGCAACAGGGCCAUUAUGUCCAGACAAUGCAGCAACAUGGGGAGCAAAACUUCCAUUCUUUACCUUUGGCUAAGCCCGGUAUAGACGCAUCACAAACUCAAGAACUGCUUGUUCAAAGCAAUAUUCGAUUCCCGAGCGAAACUGUCAUCAAUGGACAUGGAAGUCCCAUUUCAAAUUUGAAUGAACCGAAUAGCAUUAAUAAUAUUGUUCCAAGCAUGGGUGCACCUUUACCAGCUAAUCCUGUCGUAUUUCCAAAAACGGAAUAUCCUGAAAAGGGUUCAUUUAACCAUAUUAAGGGAACUGGAAAUCCUGUUGUAUUCCAACAAGAUGAUGGUAUUACAGAUAAGGGUGAGAUUUUGACGUUGAAUCAACAAAAACUACUUGAUAAGAAAUAUCCACGACUUCCGGACAACCUAACACCACCAAAUCCUUCAGAAACACACAAUUGGCCAGGUGCACCAACUCGCCAUUAUACUUCUACUCCUUCAAAUAAGUUCAAGCAGUUCACACGAAAACCACAUCCUGGCCUGCGUCGACCAAUCCCAGAUCGUCCUUUGCCCAAUAUUCUACCUCAAUUCAGGCCAAACGCCAAAAUUUCUCACGGUCACUCCAACUUCAAUCGCGAACCUGGAAAUAUUCGAGUUCCCCAGAACAACGCUCCAUUCCUCAACCGACCAAAUGUUCCCCCUCCACCUCCUCCGUUUGCCCAUCGUAGAACUCCCAUAGCAAGUCGAUAUAAUUUCAAAGGUGCACCAGAACCAAUGGAAAAUCGACGUGUUUAUAAGGUUCCUCCACCAUAUCCACAUAAUGUGAAUAGAAUGUACUUGCAGAGGCAGCAAAGACCACCCCCGCCACUACUUCUUGCUUCGCAUAGACCGAAUGAUGGUUUUCUUGGAGAAAGACAUGCCCCCAAAACCGAACAAUAUUUUUCUCCAGAUCAAGUCCGCCCAGAGCGCUUACCAGCUUUUGAAGAAGAAGAUUUUAUGAUCAAUGAUCCACCGCACCCGGUUGUAAAGAAGGAAAGUGAAAUGCCCAAUUUGGAGCCAGUUGUAACCUUACAAAUGUUGAAGAACAAAAAGAGAAUUCCAAGCCCUGUUUUCAAGAAGCCAAUACUGGAGGUAACGGAGCAGCCACCGAGUGCACCACAAACACUACAAGAAGCAGCAUCGGGAAGCUCCCCCGUCUACGUAGUAUAUCCAGCAAAACCAGCCCCAGGUCAGUACGAUGAGCUAACUGCAUUUGGAAAUGAAGGAGAGCCAGUCGUAUUGGGACAGCGAGGAGAUCAAUCUCCUAUUCCGCCUGCUGAUGUCGGCAAACCACAGCAAACUUUCGAUUACGAAAAUACUCCAUUUUCUGUAGUUCGGGACCAACCACAGGAGCCAAUUCUAAUGGUAAAAAACAAAUCUCAAACUCAUGAUAAUGGAGAUUUCCCAUACCCAUUAGAGAAACCCGAUCCAGUAUUCGCUGAAUUCAGUAAGCAACAGGAAAUGCAAAGAUUCGAUAGAAAUUCCUCUAUCGAAAUAGUUCCACGAGUAGUAAAUCGUGGUAAUACAGCUCAACUGGCCAAUGGAAACUCGCCAAUCGCGAUAGCAUACACCCCGACUGAGGCACCAGUUUACUACCAAAACCAUAAAAAUGACAACAAAUUCUCAAGACCCAACUUAGCGAGUCAAGUUAUACCAGAAAUCCAAUCAGAGGGAGCAGUUAAUGAAGAACUGGAUACCCGUGGCCAGCACUAUGAGAAAGAUUUCAUGGCCCCUUUCUAUCCAAGUGUAAGCUUAUCGGAACCUUCCCAUUCCCAACAAGGCUGGUCAGUCUUUACAGCAUCAUCAACAGAGAACACUCUCAUCGACAAAAACAAUAUUAAUCGGAUUGACCUAAACAGUGGUGAUUCCGCAACAUCUACAGAAAAAUUCGAUCCCAAUCGCUUCCAGCCCGAAUUGCAGGGAGGAUUCAAACCGAUUUAUCCUCCAGACUAUAGAAGUCGACAAGAGGCGGAUUCAGAAUCUGGUGAAGAGGAAUCUUCGAUUGAACUUGACCUAACAACGACAACGACCACUACCACCACCCCAGCUCCGACCACACCCACUAGCUCAGCAUCUACUACAGCUGCAGCUACAUCUGCUGAAUCUACAACGAAAAGAGUAAAAUCAAAAUUCGAAACCAGCCUGGCAUCGCUCCUUUUUGGAGAUGAUGAAAACUACGAAGAUGAUGAGGUGGACAAAUUUGAUGAAGACAGUAGUAGCAGUUAGACCUCGGUCCGAAGCACAUUUGGGAACUACAACCGGAUUUACUGUUAAGUUUUAAACACUAGCAUUUACAGGAGCAGCAAUGGCUUUUGGGAGUCUAAUUUGAAAUCCUUCCUUUAUUUGGAAGAUACAUUUUAACAACGAAAUUAAGCGAUCUUUAACUUUUAUUUCGAAGAAAUAAUAUUAAAGGGAGAGAUAUUAGGGUUUAACUAAAAAAGAGAGAGUAGAUAUUCGUCUAAGUUCAUAUUUAUUUAUUUAUUUUCCAGUUUACACAUUUUCAAAUUGGACUCCUGAAUCGCAUUCAUGUGUACGGACACAGCGAAAGAUUGGGUUCAUUUAUAGUAAAGCUUAACCAGUACGGACCCAUUAUAUUCUGUUUAUACGUACUAUGUAUUUAUUCAUAGUCUCUAUAUGUUAUAAGCACACUACAAAUAAUGUAAGAUAAUAGAACUUCCAGUAUCUAUCAUAUACUUCUGUUAUUAUAUAUUAGACUUAAAUAAAAUAUCCUUAUUUAUUAAA